AUGCCUUUUGGACAUUGUCUGUUUCUCGUCUGUUAUGUUUUCUGCAUUACACAUGCUGCUUCGGUUAAGGGCACUGAACCUAAGGACGUACCAGAGAGCAGUAUUGAUGAUGUGGCCACGAAACUCGAUCUUGCGGAAACAAACGCCACAUUCAUCAUCCCUGCAUAUCAAGACACGGGUCAUACCAAAGGUUCGGAACUUCCUAGGGAUUCUGUCGUAUCCAACUUAACCGAUGCAUUAGGAAAUGCGAAUGUCAGUAGCAUCGAUAUGAGCGGGAAAAACAUCAAUGAUACAUCGAACAAGACCGAUGACCUAGUAGGAAUUUCUUACACAGAACGAUCAGCUGGCAGGAGGUUGGGAUUAUCCCGCUACAAGAGCGGUAGGCAGCAGGUGAGCAUUGGUGAUCUAACGAUCUCGGACCACGCCCCGCGACAUGGUGCUCUCCUGCACAAAAAUGAUAAGAUCGAUACUCUUGCCGUCAAGGAAGAAUCUGCAGUGGGGGAUGGAGAUAACAUGGCUAAGAGAAAAAGGCGGAUACCUUCUUCUUCCGCAACACCAUCGUUCCAGAUAGUGAUCUUGGUUGUUGGAGCAGUGGUUGGUUGUCUUUUGCUGACCGGAUUUGUAAGGUGGCGUGUGAGAGGGAGACUAAAUGCUAAAAAGAACGCCAAGAUCGCUGACGAUUAUGUCUACGGAGAUGGGCGAGUGUAUAAGGGCAGUACUGAGAUGAGCACCAUUUAUGAAUGUGAGUUUGAAGAGAGCCAGAGCAUGCUUCGUUUGAGCGAAUCGCUCGAUGUGGACAUGAAUGACUUCCAAGACGAUCAUGGAACUAAGUUUGGAGACAAUUAUGGCUCGCAAAAAUUCAACAUGCCGCUGUCGGCCACGGCCCGUGCAUACCAUACCAAACAUAGUGGUCGUCAGGCCCAGCCAAGGUCUCCUAAAAGUGGCCGCCACUUCAGGCUAGUUCCAGGAUCAAAACGGAGCAGCAUGAAUCGGCACAAAUACGGAAACAAGAAUAGAUACUCCAAACAUCUCAAGAGAAGGCUGGAGAACAUGUUUGUUCAGACUUUGGAGACCAUCCCUAUGGAAAACAGUACAUUUGCAGCUGAACACUGGGACAGUUUCUCUUCUGAACUAGGAAACAAACAUGGCAUCAGAAACGUGUCUAGUGAACACCUUGCUGCGACAUCAUUGCAGCAACCUAUCCCCAUCAAGCACGGUUCUCCGACAUUUCGAAGAGGCGCGUUCGCUUCCAUACUUAACACGUGGCGCUCUCUUUCAUUCAACCGGGACUGGGUAGGAAAGAUGUGGCAGGAACAACACAACAUCCGCAGACUCAGCGACAUCCUCCGCGGCCGGAGAGAGAGUAGCAGCUCCAGCUCUAGCUCCAGCAAGGAUAGUGACGCACAGUCCAGCCGGCUGUCUUCAUCUAGAGAAUCAUUAUCGUCAGCGUCCAGCUUUGGGUCAUUCUUCAAACGCAGAGGUAAUAGCAUCACUGACAGAGAUACACCUGUGUUUGAUUUCUUCGGGAGAAACACAGCUUCUGGAAAAGCUUAUGAGCAGAAUGGACGCCUGUUUGCCAUUACAGAUGCCAGUGAAACUGCAGCUUCCAGUGUUUCUGAACACAAAAGCAACAGUUCCAGCAGUGCAGGUUUUACUACAGACACGACAACACCAGCAACGUCUUGCCCAGAAGCGCCAAAACAUGAUCCGUUUAUCAGCUGUCAUUCGUACAGCGAUCUUUUCGAAGAACCUGCGGAAUGUGAAAGUCUCCUCAGUAAUUCACUGCACUCGAGUACUGUAUCUGCUCGAAAGUUCGAUGAACACCCGCGAUACCAACGAAUCCAUCAGAGGAAACGAGUGGAAGGCAGAAAGAGGGCCAACAGUUUCAACGGUAGCACUCCCAUUUCUGAUCGUUUCUGCCCUUACGGCAAUAUGUUCAGCCAGGAUGAUUCCUUACAGUCAUUUAACAGUUCUCACAGCCAGGUACACGCUGACUUUGACUUGUCAGAUACAAAGCUGGACCACAUGGAGGAACACAAUGGGAAUCAUACCUCUUGUCCUAACGACUCUAGCUGUAGCUUUGUUUCAUCAUCCGUGUCGCAAAAACGGAGUGUUGCUGAUGAACAUCUUAAUGGUGCAGGAACUGAACGCACGACGUUCAAGUUGCGAGGUGCCGACCACAGCGACACCAAAAAGCCGUACCUAGCAUGA